AAUACAUACUGUAUCCGCCUGACCUUUAAGCGGCCCUGGAUCAAAUGACGUCCCAGCGCAUCUGACACCUCAAGGUUCAUCUUUCCUCCUUCUCCUUCACCUUCAACGCUUGCCGUAUUCAAGCCUUAUUAUUAAAAUGCCAGCCACCUAGUUCCCCAUGGGGCAAACAUAAUUAUCGUCAGACCUUAUUGCUUGCUUCUUGCUUUGUCGGCAUUUGCUUAAAUACGAUAUAUAUAAAAGUCUUGACUAUUUAAUCUGCUCUUCAUGGAUUCAACAGGUGCUGGUUGACUGGCUUGCUUAACACUCUUCAGCUUGAAAGGUCGUACAACAUCACGGAUACCCACAUACUUGACUACAAUCACUUGAAUAUGUCUCUCUUUACAGCUGCUCUCCAUCCUAACGUUGGAUUAGGCUUCCUCGUGCUCGGUGCCUCGCUUCACGAUAUUUUGACACGACUGAAAGCCGAACCUCAGCGUUUCCCUAAACUAGAUCUUGCAUACUCUCAGACCGAUCCCGUCACUGAACCCGUGCUUCUCACCCUUCCUGCAAAUGGUAUACGUUUGCGCUUUGAUGGUCCCGAGCAACGACUACGGCUUGUUGAAGUCAUUGACUUCACAAAGAACCGCAUUACUUAUCAAGAGAAAGAUGUCGCUAAGCCCGCAAACUCUCAAGGAGCGGUCGGCUCCCCGAGGCUAGGCGGAGACACUGCAAAUGGACCGGCUUUUAAGAAUAUCUACCACCGCCUCUUUGGCCCAACAUACGCAGGGGAGUACAUACCUCCUGAUGACACAGGAAACGGAAACGCGGUCGGAACCUACAUCCUGUCGUAUCCCGGUGUAGCCUUCAGCUUCCCCUUACCCAAGUCAGCUUACUCUCCAAAUAAAGAUGUAGUAUCCUUGCUAUCUUCGCCCGCGAGCCAGACAGCUGCCUCUGUUGCCAUAUUCAGCGGAAAAUCUUGGGCACAUGCUCGAGAUACUCUGUGGGACGAAAUUCUGCCAAGCGUUAAGUCGGCAAUUCUAUUUAAUAAGAGUAAGGAGGUCGUGCCUGAUGAAAUAUCUCUUGUCAAGAUACAUGGAGGUGGAAGACUCCAACUAUUCAAGAAGUGGACCAAUGCAUCAACGUGGAUCAAUCUGGGCGAGACAACACCCCAGGAUCUGGUGGCAGAAUUAGGCCCGCCUGAUGCCAUUUACAGGAAGAAUGACCAGAGGAUGUAUAUCCACAAGACGCGCACUGCGAGCCAUAGCAGGUCCAGAUCAAACGGUGGUGACUACAGGCGCCCGGACGAUCUGACCGACACUGACCAAUCUUCAGCUCACACCGGUUCAGAUGACUCUGAAGACGAAGCUAUCGAAGACGAUUUUGUUGGUAACGUAUCGGGCGAAUGCUUCUUCAAUUAUUUUUAUCUGGGAUUUGACAUCCUUGUAUCUCCACCCCAACCUGCCUCGAAGACGCCGCCAUCUCAGGUGGCUGCUUUGAACGGAAAAGAGGUGCCCGGUUCUACUCCGUUUAAGAAUGGUACAGCAGACCGAUUAGUAGCAACCAAAAUGGUCCUGCAUGCAAAUGUUCCUGGAUCGUACCCAUUCAACCGACAUCGCCGUUGCCGCUGGGAGAUUCAAUAUCUUGCAACCGAUAACCCGGAUGAAACUCUUGACUCUGAAACCCUAUUCGAUGAGAUCGAGGAACGGCUGAGGGAGGAGUGGAAGAGUACGUAUCCAUUAGAGGAGGAUGCUAAGAGGCGUCAGAGGGGUAUGGUGCUCAAUAGGGGAUGGGGAGAUAGCCCUGGGAGCAGCAUAGAAUUCCUUGGAGGCUGGGAGGAUAGUAGCGGAGGGGUUGCGGCGAAGAAAUUUGACGGGAGUGAGGAUUCUACAACUACAUUAUAUGGGUUUCCUGGACUGGUUUUUGAAGUUUUGAAGAAUGGUUUUGUGAGUGCAGUCACGGUCUAUUAAGGUUACGGAGCCGGGGUAUGGGAGUUGUUGGCCCUUUCUUGCAUCGCACGUAAGUAUAAUACUCGUCAUAAAUUGAGUGGAAGAUAUUGUUGGACGCCUGAUAGUCUGGAGAAAUGGACUGUUGUUUCGAGGUUAAAGCCUGUGAUCCCUACUUAAGGCUGUUAAUGUGACGAUGGGUACCUACAUAUCUAGGUUAGGUGCUUCCAUUCUUUACUGGGUAAUUUUACAUAGAAUUCCAAGGUUGGCUCUAGAAAGAAUAUGCGUUUCCGUUUUUCUCA